CGUGUAAGUAUAUAAGUGUUUGCCAUUUGUGUUCCGGCCACAGUCUCUAGCUUCAUCCUCUUGCACAACACACACAACACUCAUCUCCAAAAUGAAAUCCGUAAUCGCAAUUGCUCUGCUGGUGUGCGCAGUGGCCGCCGUGCCCAUCGACCCCCAGACUGCGGAGACAACUGACCAAAAAUUCGAUAACAUCGGUGUCGGACCCUACUCCUUCAGUUUCCAAACAAACGAUGGCAAGUCGGUGUACGCCGAGGGUCAGUUGAAAAACCAGGGUACUGAAGGAGAGGCCCUCGAGGUCCGCGGCCAGUACUCUUACACCGGCGACGACGGCCAGGUCUACACCAUUACCUACAUCGCCAACGAGCUUGGCUUCCAGCCCCAGGGCGCCCACAUUCCCUAAGCAUGACGACCCCCGCACGCCUUACAGCUCAUACCAGCCUCGCUGCCGAUUGAUCACCAACACGGUCGCUUGUAUAUAGAGUGAUGAUCUAAUAUAAGUUAUUCGUUAUUAAU